AUAAACUGCUACAAAUUCUUUGUCUGCCGUGCUUUUACUUAUGCACAUGUAUCUUCGAAGACGAAGAUUGCGAUCAUCGCCGUGCAUUACUAGAGAAUGAAAAGAAACACAAUCUCAAAGAAACGGAACAUUUAUUGGAUCGAGGAGACUCCAAAAUCGUCAACAGCUUUUCGAAAACUCGGACAAGCAAAAACGAUUCUGCAUGGCAAACCUACUGGGUUUCCAGCACACAAAAUUUUUCAACGCGUAUUAAUCAAGUAAAUUGCAGAAAAAAGCGUAGAAGCAGACGUUCUCAGAUUUAUAGAAAAGGUACGGCUCUAUUAAGGUGUAACGAGGGCACGUUCCGCGUGCGUAAGAUAUACGGAGAUGGCAAUUGCAUGUUUAGGGCAAUCAGUUACAUUUUGUGGCGGAACGAGGAAGAGCACCAAUCGCUCCGAGCUAUGGUUGUGCGACACAUUAGGGACAAUUGGCGUGAGUAUGGCCCGUUCGUGAUAGCCGAGUGGAACAUUUCGGAUCGUCAAGAAUAUUAUGAUUACAUGAAUCCAGUGGGUACGUUCGCCAGUGAACUGGAAUGUACGGUGGCCACAAAGCUUCACCGCAUGAAUCUCUCGAUCUAUCGAGAACUCACUGGCGGAUACGAGCUUGAGCUGGUCUUCCACAAUCGUGUCAAUGUCAACUACGAGACCGCGAGACUCUUAUUCACCGGAUGCUCCGAAAAUGGUCAUUACGAUGUGCUGUUACCCAAUUCGAUAUCGAGCUUUUAUAUAAGUUAAUAUGCGAAUUAGCAAAAAUAUAGAUUUUUGUUUUUCAAUAGAAGAGAUCCAAUAGACAACAAAUUUAUAUUAAAAUUAUUUUACCAGUGUUCUCUUCGACACACAACUUUUGUUAUAUUUUGUAUUUUGUAAUAUUUUAUAUAAUUUAUGGAAAAUAUAUAAGAAAAGCAUGAUAUUUUGAAUUUAUUGGGGUUAUUGAUAUUUAUAUUUGUGAACGUAAGAUUGUACAAUUUAAUGUUUCAAUUUUGUUAUCUCUUUAUUAAAUAUAAUAUAAAGAAAAAAUAUAUAU